AGAAAUCAUGAAUGGAAUUGAGGAUGAACCCAAGGAUGUGAUUCAAUUGAUGUAUGAGAAGCUCUCAUUAGAUGAAGUAGCAGCCCUGGUCAUUUCUCCCUGCUGUGGAGCUGUAUCUUUCUUUGUAGGCACUACAAGGAAUAACUUUGAAGGGAAAAAAGUCGUACAGUUGGAAUAUGAAGCUUACACAACAAUGGCAGAAGCUGAAGCGAAGAAGAUAUGCAAAGAUAUCAGAUUGAAAUGGCCUUCCGUGAAGCAUAUAGCAAUACAUCAUCGACUUGGUUUGGUUCCCAUUAGUGAAGCCAGCGUGAUUGUAGCCAUCUCUUCCCCUCACCGAGCAGAGUCUCUCAAUGCCUUGCAAUAUUGCAUCAAUACUUUAAAAGCUACUGUCCCCAUAUGGAAAAAG